AGGGAAUUGAGACGGUUUGUAUUCCCACCAAAAUUUCGCGCUAUCAAGUACGACAACGACCCAAGUUCCUUUUAUAAUUAACGACGCGAUAAAAAUUACUGACCUUUCUUUACUAGUGGACCACAUAGGGCGGCAUAGUGGUUGAUACUCACUACAUUUGGUUUAUACAUUUUAACAUCUCAACAUCAUAGUUUGUUUAUACCAUUUCUGUCAUAUCGCUAGAACGACCCUGUUGUUGUUUCUGGUGAUAUUGAUACUCAAUUUCUACCACACAGUUUUUCUCAACAACAUCUCGAUCUCUCAUACCAUUUUGAUCGCGAAAUAAAAGUGAAAAAUUUGAAUUGCAAUACGUAGGCCUUGACAUCACGAACUUCAUCCUGAGGAGAAGGAUGAAGAUGUACUAGUCUACUUUCGGAAGUAGUAGAGAAUGUCAGGGUGAAGAGGUGUUGUACACACAAAAAUUACAAGCGCAGUACACCUUGUAGUGCCACAAGAAACCUUCGAAACAGAGUUAUAUUUUCCGCUUUUGGGCGAGUCAGUGUUGGACUUGGACAGCACGGGAGGCUGUGCGGUUGCGGAGAUCGUCGAGUAAUCUUCUUCUUCAUCGAGAUCCUGAAGUCCGCCAAAAACUUCUACCAAAGGCAAAAAACCUCCUUCAACAAUGGAAAAUAACCAGGAGUCCAAAGAGAGCUCCAGUUUCCAGCCGCCGACGCGGUCUUCCCCACCCUCCCGGUUCGUUCCGCCGCCACCGCCGACCGGUCUACCACCGCCCAGUCCGAUGGGGAGUAAAGGUUCAGUUCCUGGUGGGCGGAACGAUGGCCCGGAAGCUUUGCAACUUCCGAGUUACGUCCAACCACCGAGUCCACCGGGUAUGACAACUGCAGCGCCUGGCGGCGAGAACACGAGUAACUUCAAUUCGUUCCCUCCGUCCCCGAUCCAAUCGAGAUUGCAGUCGGAGGAGGGGCAGUCGCUGACGCAGAAAUUGUUGUCUGCAGAAUCUCAGAGGACGAUGAGUGGUACUGGCGGGAUGAACCAAAAUACUAGUACUUUGGUCGUGCAGCAACAAUUAACCGCGAACUCCACUUCGACUCUCCGCCGUGUGUCCACCGGAUCGAGUAACAAUUUACACACGGUCAGCUCCGGUGCGGGGACUUCGCCGACUUCGAGCUGGAAUCCGGGUUCUCCGCCGCCUCUGCCUCCACCGAUGUUACCUGGGUUACCAACCGGGUUUUCCGGUAUCGUGGGGUUGACGGACGACAUCACGGGUGACUCCCGGUCAAACCUCUCUUCUCCGCAGGUGAGUUACAGCGGUUCGCCGUUGCAAUCUCCGCCUACCGGUCCGUCUGGCGCGAACAUUAUCUCCUUCGACGAACACGUUCGGAAGUUUAUGAAUGACGAGGAUGCGGGAGCGGGUGCUCCGCCCUUUGUGAAUACGACUCAGCGCAGCAACACAAAUUCUACUCCGGACUACACGACCGCGACGUCCGCCGCUGGGACCGUUUCCGGUAACGAGCAGUUUGUUUCCUUGCAGAAUCGGGUGAAUAGCUACGGAAGUAGUUCGUACCAGACGACGCAACAGCAGCAUUCCUGGAUGAAAGGGUCAUCUGGCGAUGUCUCUAUGCGCGAACCGCCGGGUUUAGGUGCGACCGGCCGGCAGCACUCGCAGCAAUCAACUGGUGGGCCGAAUUCUUCUUCUUCGUCUUUGCAGCAAAACACGAAUAACAAUUUGGUCCGGGAUGUCAUCGAUGUGGAGGAACGGCAUCUCGGGUUGAUUUUCGGCCGGAACGCGUCCACCAUCCGGGCGUUGCGCGAAGACACGGGCGCAAGCAUCUUUGUUGAAAAAGACGCGAUCCCGUUACCGCGUGUGAUCAUCCGGGGUACGAGAAUGCAGACGGAGCUCGCGGGGAGGAAGAUCAGACAAUUAUUGCAGCAAAAGCGGCAAAGAGGUGGGAUUGCGGAGCUGAAGAUCCAAACGGCUAGACUCCGGAUGGCUUUGGUGAACUUAUUGAAGAAUAACAACCAGAACCAGGCCACUACCGGUGAAACGGCGGAACAGAACGGGGAGAAGGAAAUGAAGGACACGACUGGGCAGGAAAUGCUCGCCGCGGAUAUUUUAUCCGAUGCGAACUUCUUGGAAGUGUGGAACAGCUGCGGUCGGCUACCGCUGAUCAAGACCGUGUUGAACCAGGAUCCGUUCGAAAUUUUUCACAAAGGAGGACAGCUUGGUAUAGAAGUGUUUUUCUUCGUUGUUUUUCUGUGCAUGACAGACUGCGAUAUGCUUUCAGGCUUUGCAACACAAAUUUCCUGUUUGUAAUGCAUGAUCUCGAGGACCCAUGACAAACAUCUCCCUACAGGUAUCCGUCUCUCCGGUCCGUACUAUCUCGAGCAGGAAGACGACCAACUGAUCCGCCGGUACGGCCAGCAGGAGAAGGAGCUCAUGAACGCCCCAUCGGAGAACCAAACCGUGACCGCAAGUGAGUUACUCGAUGCCCCCAACUCGGGUGGACUUGAGCCCAAUUCCGGGCCGAGCAAAACCACAGCUUCCUCCUCUCCGACCUUCGUCCAACGGACAGAAUCGACCGGCGCCCCCACUGCUUCUACCCUCGUCCAAUCGGAGUCGAAGCACGCGCAAUUCGGCCGCCAGCCGACGACGGACGAUUUGCUCGGCGUUUGGGACUCUUUCUCGUUGGAGAAUUCUCCUUCCAGUACGAACAAAUGUUCCAACAAGGAGUACCCGGAGGUCGAGGCCAAGAAGAACCGGAUUUCCGGGACGAUCUCCAGUCUUGCGAGUUCGGGUGGGGUCUUGCCAAUUUCCCCGAUUUUGUCCGCGACGAAUACACCGACGCAUGGUAGUAGUACAAACCAGAAGAGUGGUCCGAAUAAGUCGCCGAUGAAUGGAUCGCACGGAAUCAACGGGGGGAACAAUGAACAUCGCACGACUUCUAACGGUAUGAACGGGGCCAACAGCCACCUCUCCUCCACCAGCUCCCGCAACCCGGAAGAACCGAUUCCGAAUUUGUUACAAGCGUUGAUGGCCGCGGACUUGGAAGAUUCGUUGGAUCAAUCCCCUUCUAAAUCUUACCCGAUCGACGCGCAGGAUCAGCUGGUGAGUAAAUCCCCGACGCCCAGGGACAAGUUGGAGAAGAAGGAAGACGACCAUUCUGGUUCGAAAAAAAUCAAGGGGGUGAACAUUUUGAGUCUGUUGCAAGACCCGUCGCAAUCGGAUAAUGUUCUACCGCAGAAUUCCGAUCGGUCCGGGAAUAACAACCAGGAGUCUUCUACCGGGUCUUCCACCGAACAAACGAAUUCCGACCAACCAAUCGUAAUCCGGGAAAUCGGAUCAAAGGGGCCGAAGGAUGCGGAGGCGGAUCUAGUACAACACCAUACGUUUGACCCGAGCAGAGGCGCGAGUCAAUUCGAUUCCUGGGUAUGAACUGCAAAUAUGUCUGGGUCUGGAAGGUUGCAACUUGUGAUGCUGUCUUCGGAUCCUAAAAACAUUUGUAUUGCAUGACCAGGAAGAGUAGAUCACUUUGUGCUAUGCGAAAAGGGCAUUUGUCAUGCGGAAUAGGCAUCAAGACGACCUCUAAAAGUCUGUGGUGCUAGGCCAUGCUUUACAAGCAUCAUGGGUCAUGCAAAAUAUGCAUGACAAACUUGGCAACCUUCCAGACCCAGACACUUUUGCAUUUGAUACUGGGAGCUCCGCGACCACGCGUUCUUCGGAUCGCCGGAACAAGUUCGGGGGCCGCUAUCAAAUGUAAAAAUGUCUGGGUCUGGAAGGUUGAAACUUGUCAUGCUAAAAUCGAAUCAUGCAGAAAUCUGUGUUGCAUGAGUGCCAAAAGCUGUCCAGUUUCGACCAAGUUUGGAGGAAGUUUCUCAUGCAGGAUAGGAAUGGCAGAGACCUCUCAGACUCUGUCAUGCUAGGUCCCGCAUUCCAGACCUCCUGGGUCAUGAAAAACCAGCAUGACAAGUUUACACCCUUCCAGACCUAGACAUUUUUGCAUUUGAUAGCCGCUUGGGGAGGAUGACGCGUGGUUGAGCUGGUUCGACCCGACUUGGUGGAACGAUAAAAACGCGUACAACAAUAGUGCUGGAGGUGGUUUUGGCACCGAUUACAACGCGGCUUUUGGCUCCACUGAUUCGACGACGGUUCCCGGUUCGGGCGCAGGUACGGGGAACAGUGGGAUUACACAGCAGCCGACUUCUUCUGGAACAACUGCUGCGAAUAAGGAGGGUCCAGCAGGAGCUUCUCCAGGUGGAAGUAGCUCCACCGGCGCCGGUUUAUCCCCACCCGCUCCUCCCAGUUUACCGGCGUGGUUACAGCAGGAGUUGGAUUCGCAACAGUAUUUGCAGAGCGGGAUCUCCAUCCCAUCUGGAACCCCACCCUCCGACUCGAAAAACACGAACGCUUUGCAGAGUUACGACCCAGCCACUGCGACCUUCCCUCGUCCGCCGAUGCCGACGCGGGCGGUUCCGGAACCGCCAGCUCCGGUGGGGUUUGCUGGACCACCCGGUAGUUCUGCCGCGGGUUUGAACCCCGCGCAACUGGCUUUGGUGCAGCAGCAGUACGAAGCGAUCGCCACGAUGCAGCAGGCACAGCAACUCCGGGAGGCGGCACUCUACUACAACGCGUACAAAACUGCGUUCAUCCAAACCGCAGCCCAGCAAUUCGCGGCGCAGCAAGCCGCCGCGGCUUACGGCGUGGCGCAGUUAGCGCAGGCGAACGCGAAUGCACAAAGCACUUCUGCGGCUUCUGGGUACAACAAUCAGCAGAGCUGGUACGGACAAGGAAAUGCAAAUUCAUCGGCUGGAGUAAAUCAAAAUCAACAGCAAGGUGGACUACAAAGUCAACUCUAUGAACUGCAAAAGCAUCGUACUAGUAUAAAUCGCAUGACAAAUCCCCUCAGCAUGAGAAAGAAAAUUUGUAAUGCGGAUUCAACCUGAGAAAGAAAUUUGUAAUGCAUGAAUGCGAUUAGUACGAGUGCGAUACUUUUGCACAGGAUAAACUCCAAAACUCGACGAUGACCGGCUCCGAAACCGCCACUUCCACCGGUCAGUACUGGCAAUCGGGUAUCCUGUGUAAAAAUAUCCCCACCCCAGAGUUGUAAUGCAAAUCUGCAUGCUUAAAAUGUUUCACAUGCGGAGACCCAUGAGAAGCAUUUUCUAGUGGUGAUUUGAGAUUUGUGAUGCCCGCAUCAACAUGAUAUGCUAGAUCUGUGAUGCUGCUCCACUAGCUAAAGACGAGGAUUACAAUGCGAGCCCAAAUUUGUCAUGCGCAACAACUAAAACAGGUUGAUUUGUCUUGCAGUUUUCCCAUCUUGACUAUGCGGUGGGGACGUUUGUACACAGGAUAUCGGGCCAAGAAUGGGUUCCUCCGUCCGGGUCCGUCGGCGCCGCGAACCCUUCGUCCGGUCCGCCCGGGCCUCAUCCCCCUACCGGGCGGAUGAAUAACAAGAAAAAAGAUACGAAGCCGAAUCAGUACAGCCAGUCCCUGUACGAGCAACAAGCGAGCUAUGGGGGUGUCAGGAUCGAAAUCAACAAAAUCGAAAUGAUCUGUAAUGCAUAAAAUGCUACACAAAAAGCGACUCUAUUGCAGAGGAUGCAAGGAAGACGGAUUGUAGUCCUGGUAAGGGUUACGUGUUGGGCUGCUGACUAGCAUGACAGAAGGCAGCUCUUUUGCCCUAAACCGCAUGACAGAUUCGCUUCCAGGGCGGGUAGAAUUUGUCAUGCGCCGACUACAAACUGUGGGUCUAACUAGCAUCGAUUUUGUGCAUCGCAAGUUUUUCGAUUUUGUCAAUUUCGAUUCUGACACAUCCAUACGAGCUACUGGAAUUCCUUCUACGGUGCGGCGGCCUCGUCGCAAAAUACGACCAAAGCGGCCGCGGCCCACGCCCAGGCGGAAGCCAUUUCCAAGGCGGAGCAGAAGGCGACUGCGAGUAAGGGAUCGAAAGAACCCUACGUGCCUAGCAAAGGUGCGGGUAGUCAGUUCCACAAUUACACGACCACUGGGUUUAAACAGGGGCACGCCGGUGGUGGGGGUGGGUUCAGUUACAGCAAGGGAGGGACCAUGUACCAGAAUAGUGGUGGUCAAGAUGUGGAACAUCAAGAAGAACAAAGUAAUUCAACAGCGGCUCCAAGCAGUCCGGUCCCCGCAGGGUUAAAGAACACUUCCUCCGUUUCCCCAACCUUGUCGAUCGAAGUCCCGGGAACGAUCGGAAAAGCUGCUGUUAAUAACGCCCUGACGAGCCAGCAUGCGAUCGCGCAGGCGAACGCAGCGAAGGGAACCGCGAAUUUCCACUCCUGGGCCAUGGACCAACAGAAACAGCCGGUGCGGACCGGGCCGUUGAACGCGUCUACGUUGUCCGCGGAAGAGCAGAAGAUUUUGAACGGAGAAUUCACCGGUUUGGGAACAUCGCCUCCACCCCCUCCGCCGGUGAUUUUAGCGUCUAGCUCCGGUACUGCGAAAAAUGCUUCUUCCGCUUCCGGUCCGUCUGUUGCUUCGGGGGACAAAGAAAAAACGACUUCCGGUAACAACAAUCUCCAGCCUUCCCCGAGCCUGUCUAUGAGAGUGCGCAACUCCCCCUCCCCCUUAUUUGUAAUGCAAAAAUGCCAAAUCCUGUCCGAGCCUUUUGGCUGUGCUUGCAUGAGAAGUUCUGGAAGCCCAAACUGCACUUUGCCCCGUGCGUGGAUUUGUAAUGCAGAGACUGCAUUUCUGACAUGCUUUCUGUUGCUAGAAAUGCACUACAAAUUAGGGGGAGGGGGAGUUGUGCACUGUCAUACUGUCCAAGGAGAAUUCCGAAGUUCCCUCCGGUACGGUGGAGAAAGAACGCUCCGGCGAGUUGAACGGUUGGGAAUCGCUGGAGGAGGAUUCUUAUGAACUGCAAAAGUAUCGUACUCGUACGAAUUGCAUUUAUGCAUUACAAAUUUCUUUUUCAAGCUAAAUCAGCAUGACAAAUUCCAUUUGUCAUGCUGAGCUAAUUUGUAUUGUAAUACUACGAGUGCGAUACUUUUGCAGUGCAUAAUUCUUCUGCGUUGAAAGCGGGACCAGCAGUGGGGAAUAAUAACAAGGAAGAGCAAGUGUCGACCAACGCCGGUUCGCCAUCCCCUUCUCCGAUCGUGAACGAGGAUACAACUCCUGCGAACGCCAGUACAACCCCCUCGCCGAACAGUCAAGCCGGAACAGCUGGAGAUAAUUCGACAACCGCGCCUAGUUCUCCCGAGAAGAUGAAACCGGACACGACUUCCGCCCCGACGAUCGAUUUUUCCCAGUGGAUUUUGAACAACACGAUGAACGACAACCAGCGGCAACACUUACUCCGCAACCAAGCCAACGCGGCUUUGGUCGCCGCACAAACCGCCGCGGCGAACGCCAGUCCCAACGCGUCCAAAGCGAGCACGAACCCAUUGGAAACCCCGGAAGCACUGGAGAAGAUGGUGCAGGAUUUGAUCACGCCCUUGACUUCUCCCCUGAACAAAAACGCGCCCCCGGGGCACCUCCCGGUGGUCGGGCAAGCGGCUGCGGGGCAGAGUCCUACUGGUUCGGCGAAUGAUGAGGAGAAGGAGAAGGAACUGGAGGGGACCACUACAGGUUCUGCCGCGAUGAAAAAGGGCUCUUCGAAGGAUAAUUCAGCCUCUAAAACCACCAAAGACACGACCGAAAAAGGUCCUAUCAAUUCCUGGCUGUUCACCGACCGGAUUAACCAGCUGCCGAACACGACAAAUUCCUACUUCUCCCCCGGCGGUCUCCGAACCGUCCCGACCUACAACAGCAUGAAGGGCCGCGGGGGGCAGGCUUAUCCGGAGGAAAGUUUGACGUACCAGUGGGAACAGCACCAACAGUGGCAGAAGCACCAACAGAAUCAGCAGCAGAAGCAACAAUCUGGCCAGCAGGGGUCGAGUAACAGCAAGGGGACUACUGGAGGCGCCGGGGCUGCUGGGACUACAACUGCAACGACUGGGGCUGCAGCUUCGCAAGGACAAGGUGGUUCUUCUGCUGGGAAUAACAAUGAGAAUUCGAUGAACAACUCGCAGAAUCAGAACAACAACGGUUCUUCCACCGGAGGUUGGGGAUCUUGGAACGGUUGGAGCAACAAUAACGGUUCAUCUGGUUGGAACAGCAAUAACGGAAAUAACAUGAAUGCCAACAACAACGGUUCUUACGGCAACAUUGACAUGAGCCCGGGCUCUGCCUACCAGUGGAACCAGCAGUACGACCAUUCUUACCGGGGCGGUGCCUAUGGGAACAAGAAGGGCAAAUACUUUUUCCAGUCUUGGCAGCCGAAAAACGCGACGGGAAAACAGCACUACAACAACCAGAACAAUAGCAUUUGGGGCAACAGCGAGUCCAUCGGGGUGGUUAGUGCUGCUGACAUGCAGUAUAAUCAGCAAGCGAAUGCUAUCACACAGAAAAAAGCAGGCAGGUCAAACUUGUAUAUGCAAAAAUAAAUACACAAAAAAAUUCGUAUUGCAUACCCCAAACAGCAUGCUACGGGGCCGCCGAUGACAAGUUUUUCUCGCCUAGAACACCUCGCGCCGCCUAGAACACCUCGCGCCGCGCCCGUUCUAGUUAGGGUCUACUUUCGCUUCUCUUCUUCUCUUCAUUCAAAAUCGACAGGAUAAGCACACAAUAAUACGCGAUUCGCCCCGGCUACAGUGAAACUUCAAUUUUGAUUUUACAUUGCAAUGUAUUUGUUUUUGCAUUGCAAAUAUGCCCUGCCAGCUUUUUUCUCUGGGAUAAAUGCGGUCGCGCAGCAGCAGAACCAGCAGGAGCAAUCUGCUUUGGCCGAUUACUACGCGAACAUUGCUGCGGAAGUGAAUAAGGGCAAAGACAGCGGUGCUGGUGGUGGUGGUAAUAAUCCUGCUUCCAGUACGGACGCGAUCGUUACCGCCGCGGAGCCGAACAGUCAAACUUCCGCUUAUUACAAUUCGCAGCAGAUGGCGUUUUCGACGAACAUGAAGAAAAAAUGGAACGGGGUGACAAAUAAUGGGACUACAAAUGGCACAAGCAACAAUUUUUCUAACGCGAACAACAACGAAGUAGAGAACAAUUCCAACUACGACAAAUCCCUUUACCAAACCGCGCACAACAACCUCGCCAAAGCUGAAGGAGCGGAACUGCCCGGUAGCGGAUCUAGUGGCGCGGACGAUUACGACCGCGUUGCGGACGUGCUUGGGGCUUUCGACGCUUCCACCAUGCCGGCGGGGUCCGGGGAAUUUUUAUCCGUGAAAGCGGGGGAUGUGAUUUUGGUGAAAAAGGAAGAAGUGUCCGCUGGCUGGAGUAUGGUGAAGUUGAAUACCAACGAGGAGGGGUGGAUUCCUACGAGCUUCUACCGAAUCCGGGAAUAGAAGAUAUGCUGUUGGAUGAAAAACGUUUUGGUUGUUCUUUUUUAUGUAGGAUAAUUCUACUGGUACUGAUAUUGAAAAUUUUCGCAUGAGGACAAAAUCACAGAUAGCGCCAGGUAGUUUCGAUACCGUCAUAGACCUGAGAAUCAAGUUCUUGCACUGUAAGUGUAUAAUGCCAUGUCAUAGUGUCGUGUAAAAAAUGAACAUCAGCAUAGAGAAAGCGCAGCUGCACAUGUAGUGUCAUGAAAUUUCUAUAUUCUAAAUCACUUGAUGUCAUCAAUGUCGUUGCAGCAAAAGAUUCUUGCCGAUAGCAUUCGAGCACACACCUAACGAUUUAUUCAGUUUUCAUGCGCGAAAAACAGAACUCUGAAGGAUUCUUUUUCGAAAAUUAGGGAACGCUACAAAAAGCGCUUGAUAUAUUUUGGUUCGAACUAAUCUAGAUCUAGCCUGCGGCUAGAACACCAGUCACUACUCGUUUAACUUUUACAGGUUUUCAUUUUGCAUUUGCUUACACUUGUUUUACAAGAUUACAUCACAGCGCGUUUAUAUCAGCAUUCGGUAUACUCGUCAUUUUGGCGACGUUUUAUCAAGCCUAGCUCAUGAUCUACUCGAGCUAGUGUAUCUACUGCACUUUGCAGUUGUAUGUUACAGUUUUUGAAAUUCAUCUCUAUUGCCAAAUCAAUCUCUAUCCAAACGACCUGAAACAGAGGAGAGCAGCUUUCGGUCGUGCAAGGAGUACUAGGGGCACUAAUUUUGCUAUACAACCUUUACAACUUUACAGAUUCACAUCUAUACACAAAAGAAAACUCCGCCCUCGUGGGUGUGUGUUUUUCCUAGCGCACCAUCUGUUCUUUACAGUCCUUACUUUUGACAAUUUUACACUUUAGUAUUUCAGUUUUUUACAACAAUUUCUAGAAGUAUUCGCGCAACUUCACUAUGGCGAAGGGGCAUGAACAAAUAGGGUGAGUAUAUCAGUUAUGACACAUAAUUUUCACAUAACACAUGCGGGAAGAGUCUUACAAGCAUGCAUAGGGGAGUAUUUCAAUAUCUAGUUCUAUCCGACAUAGUUACUUUGUAUGUGGAAUUACAUCACAGGCGGGGUAUUUGUAGUUCCAAUGGCUCAACUUGUUGUGCCAUAUCUUCUUGAAUGAUGCACUACUAUUCAUCAGUUCUGGCAAAAAUCUUUGCUAGAACUCAUUAGAUUGUUUGAGUUGAAAAUUACAGCAUACGCAUAUAACAAUCCAAGUAUAGGGGAGACAAGCUCUAGCUCAUAGAAAACGCAUAGGAGAUCUUGAAAUUGGUACUGUCAUAACUACACCUGCUCUAGAUCGAGACGCGGCUAGUACAUGCGCUGGACAAUUUCAAGAGUGCGAUGCUAUACACGAUAUCAACAUGGGGAUAGAUCACCUUGAUCUGGACCCGAUUACUCUUGUAUCAGAUCACUUUGGGGACAUUGUCAUACUGGGAAAAUAAAAUCAUAGUUUCUUUUUACUUCGCAUAGGUUCCAAAAAUUGAAUUGAAACGACUCCGCCGUGCUGAGUUGUAGUUGCUCCUUUGCCCGUCACUACUAUGGCACGGUGGUAACAACUCCUCGCGGCGCUGG